CUGGCGGCCAUUACGGAACAGCCUGCCACUGAGGAGACACUUGAUGUAGAGGAAACUGUGGAUGCGACAAAAGAAGACUACCUUUGGGUUUGGCCACCAGUAACAACACUGGCGGCCAUUACGGAACAGCCUGCCACUGAGGAGACACUUGAUGUAGAGAAAACUGUGGAUGCGACAGAAGAAGACUACCUUUGGGUUUGGCCACCAGUUACAAGAACAUCCGUCAUGGAACAGCCUACCACCAAACUGAUUACUCUCUUUCCUCCUGAGAAAGAUGCUGAGGAAACUCUCCCAACUGUUGAACCUGAGGAAGAUGAAGGACCCACAACUACUGAGGCGGCUUUAGACGAGCAACCGGACAGAGAAAAUCUAAUGAUCACCACUACAGCAUAUCAAGAUGUAGAACCUGCAUCCAUCAAAACAUUUACCACUGCUACACAAUCACAAACCAUGCCUUCAUCUGAGGAUGACAUCAUCCAAGCAGAGCCAGAGGAAGUACCCUCAGCAUCUAUUCCCGCUAUAGCCCCUGGACCUUCAGAAGGAGGGGACACCGUCCGAGAACAGGAACCACUUGAGACGGCCGUGGAUAUCUCUACUGAUGACUCGGACAUGCAGGAGGAUGUAGAAAAGGUAGAAAAGGACGGUACAGAAGCCGCUGAUAUGCUGGACGAGUUUGGCAGUGGAUUGGAAGGUCCAUUUGAGUCCACUGCAGCCCCCGGACUCAGACACAUGAGCACCCCUUUAAUGGCCACUACUGAAAAGGCCAAAGAGAUGGUGGUGUUCUUUAGUUUGCGAGUCACUAACAUUAUGUUUUCCGAGGACCUGUUCAACAAGAGCUCUCCUGAGUACAUGUCAUUGGAGAAUACCUUUCUUGAGCUGAGUUGUGAACAUGAGGAUAACUCCCAGUGUUCUCUAAGAGUUGUGAACAUGAGAAUAACCCCAGUGUUCUCUGAGAGUUGUGAACAUGAGGAGAACCAGUGUCCUCUGAGAGUUGUGAACAUGAGGAUAACCCCAGUGUUCUCUAAGAGUUGUGAACAUGAGGAUAACCCGCAGUGUUCUCUAAAGAGUUGUGAACAUGAGGAUAACCCAGUGUUCUCUAAGAGUUGUGAACAUGAGGAUAACCCCAGUGUUCUCUAA